AAACAACCGCGCCGUCAGUAUGCCUAUGGCCGUGCGCGGGGCAACUUCACGCCCGUUUCCUCUCGUGAUUGUGAGUGUGUGAUGUGAUCGUAAUUAUGGCUUCAGACGUGUCGGUGACGACCAAACCGAAACAAGUGAUAAGAAAGUGCACCUUGGAUGAAAACGGAUGUGUGUCGCUCCUGGAUAUAUUGAAUUCCUUCAACGCCCCGAUCAAUGAAGAACAUGCGUGGGCCUUGUGCUUCCAGUGCGCGGAGUGCUUCAAAAGUGCGGUGGAGAGCGAUAAAAAUAAGUGCGUCUUAGUGGAUUCAGUGGACCAAGUGUUUGUGAGCAAAGAAGGGACGGUCCACCCGAAGACGUUACUGGCAACAGCGGAGAAUGCAGGGCACCGGACGCGUAUGACAUCAGAACAAAAGCUGGUGGAAUGCUUAGGAAUCUUACUGUUCCAAGCCCUCGACUUCGGCUCCCAGGAGGAGGAAGAGCGGAGGCUCAGCCCCGACCUGGAGAGGCUCAUCGAACACAUGACGACAGAUGUGCAUGAGCCACCUCGGGGUGUCGAAGAGCCAGGAUGCUGACAACCACUACCGGGCCGUGUGUAGAGCGCUCGUGCUCGAGACCCUGGAGCUUAGCAGCUUCCUGGAGAAGGUGUCGAAGGGGACCAAAGGGCUGAGGACGACGGACAACCCAUCGACUGAACUGGACCAGCUCAAGUUUACCGACUGGAACAACUUUAGGAUAUUCCAAGUUCUACAAGCGCGGCUAUGGGGCCAGGUGAUCCGCGAGCUGCGGCACGGCGUGCAGCUCAAGAAGGUGCACUACACGCGCACGCCCGUCGAGUUCGAGCUGACGCCGUACGAGAUCCUGAUGGACGACAUCCGCUCGAGACGGUACACGCUCAACAAGGUGUCGCAGGCCGACAUCCCGCACACCGUCAAGAAGGACGCGCACGCCCUCAUCCUCGAGUUCAUCCGCUCCAGGCCGCCCCUCAAGAGGGCAUCCGACCGACCGAGACCCAAACCUAGAAAUGAAAUCAAGACGCCGCGAGAGCAGCUGCUAGAGUCAAUCCUGAAGGGGAAGAAGCUGCGACCGUCUGUCUGUCCGCUGAAAAAAAGAGUGGUACCCGUGGACGCGCCAAGCUCUCCCGGCACCCCUAAGUCGACGACUACCUCCACCAGAAGACUAAUCAAAGUCGACUUCUCGAAACUACAGAUAGAGGAUGACGACCCGGAGGAGGACCACGACGACGAGGAGGAGGCGGACGCCGGCGCGGACAGCGCGCCUCGCAGCAACCCCUGGCACCGGACAGCCUACGACCUGGCGACGCAGUGCCCCAGCCGGCGUUCCAUGCGGAGGCACACCAUCAUGAUCUGCGAGCCGGUGCCGGGCGCCCCGGGCGUCACCCCCACCGUCGUCAAGCUGCCCCUCGAGGCGGAGACCCCCCUGGCGGACGCGUGUGACCUCGCCACCACCACCAACACCCUCGGCCUGCAGCUGCCCGAGCUCUCGUGGUCUCGGAACUCGCUGCAAGAGGACCUUUUCCACUCGAAACAGUGGCAGCACGAGUGCCUGUCGCUGACCCUGGAGGAGAUCGUCCACAUCCGGAGCGUCCUCACCAAAGCGGAACUGGAGAGCCUGCCCGUGGAGGGACGCGUCAAGGAGGACGCCGAGAGAGGGAAGGUCUGCUUCCUGUGCAUGAAGACGAGGUUCGGCUUCUUCGGGCCGCGGGGGCAGCAGUGCCGCCUAUGCAAUCGGGUGGUGUGCUCCAAGUGCCACUCCAAGAUGCGCAUCCCGACGGAGCACUUCUCGCACGUGCCCGUGGUGGCCAUCAGCCCGUCGCAGCUCGCCUCGCCCGAGGACGCGCCGGACCCCAAGUCGCACGACGCGGCCACCUUCUCGCGCACGCUCAUGAACCGCCUGCUGCAGACGGACUCGCCGCGCAGCCUCAAGCACGGCCUCAACUCGGUGGGCAGCGCGCCGUCCAGCCCCAAGCUGGCGCGCGCCGACACGGCGGCGGCCGCGACCACGGCCCCAGUGACGGCGGGCCACUCGCCAGCCACCGCCUCGCAGCCCAACUCGGGCCCGGGCUCCGCGGCCGAGUCCACGGCCGAGUCCAUGGCAGACAGCACCGAGGGGCCCGUCUCCCUCCCCACCCUCAGCCCCGACUCCACCACCAGCGACCGGAGGGCAAAGUUCAACAGGUCCAAAACUUUGGGCCGGCCAGAGAAGGAGCGACUCAAGGGGAUCCAGAUGAUCGUGUGUCUGGACUGCAAGGCCAUGGUCCUGCAGAUCAUCAAGUCUUCGCGCACAACAAGGAGCAAUGCUAUCAGGAAUCUCACCCUCAACCUGUCCCCUGUCUAUUAGCUUCUGUCUCGUUCGGCUGGACAGUGUGGCCAGUGCGGGCAGAAGUGUGUCCGCUAGGCAUUGUGUGGCUGUUUAUCAGUUUAGUGGCUGGCAUUCAUAUUGAAUGUUUGUUUUCUUAGUUAAACUACUGUGAUCUCAAUUCUGUGUUGAAUGUAUAUUUUACAGCUCUUUGUUGUUCAUGUUUUCUUGUUUGUAUGUCAGUGUACUAGCAAUGCUGGAAAUUGUUGAGGUUUUAUAGAACCUGUUGUAUGCGGGAUUUUUGUUUCCAUUGCUUUCAAAGAGCAUAGUGUAAGGUCAAUAUUUUUUAAUGAUCAGCUAUUGCAAUGCCAUUGUCUCCAUUAAUUUUAUAAGAGAGCGAGGGAACAGGUUUAAGGAAAGCAGGCUUGUUAACCAUGUUCAUGAAUCAUUUUGGGCUUAACAUAUUUUGCAAUUGCUUGGAGGUAUUUCAACACAAACCUUGAAACAAGGUUUGUACUGAUAAUUGAUACAGUUCUCUUAGAUGCUUUCACCAUAUUAUUUUUAUUAUCAACAUCCGAUUUAAUACAUUUAUCAGGCUCUCUGUAAAGAAAAUCCAGUUGUAAAACAAAAACCACCAAUCAAUGUAAGUAAAAACAAUGUAAUUGUUAUGUAAAUGAUAUUAUGCUGUGUUGGGAAGGACGACAAUCACUUACAAGAUCAUAUAGGAAUGCUAAUUUAUAGCCACAACUUGCCUCCGAAAAACAAUUUGAACUCUAAGAUUCUUGACUGAUUUAGUCCUAUGAUUUCAGACUGAUAUUUCCCUAAACUUAACUUCUGUUUCCCUUUGUUUUUUUGUUUUUUUUUGGCUUUUUUCAUUUUUGUUUCUUGUGCCCUAAAUGAGAAAAUGUGCCAUUGUAUGAUAUAUCAUGUUAUGUUUGCCAAACAAUAGGCUAACCAUUAUCACCAUUAUUCUAAAUAAAAUAAAUUAAACUUCUCAGAGAUUCCUAAAAAGUUAAAACAUUAAGUCCUUUCUAUGCAAAGUAGAAACGAUGAUUGAAAUUAGUGUCAGAUUAAGUUCUGGUAGUGCUUCCACAGUAUCCUGGCGAUAAGUCUUUCAAUUCAUCCUUGCUCCUACAAUGUAAUCAACAAUCAAACUCUGUGGGGAGCAAUGGUUAUGAAAAAUUGGUUUGAGCCAAUCUUUGUUGUGCCUUUCUGCAUUUAAAAUUCCCUUCAACUUAGAGUGUGUUUUUGUGCGAUGUUUGUCUGAAUAGGAUUAAAUCUCAGGAAUUUGUGCAUCAAAUGGGCAAUUUUCUUGUCUAUUUGUUUAGCAUGCAUUACACAUCCAAAUUGAUUUUGCAUGGGUAACAUGUAUCCCUAUAGAAUAGUAAUAUGACAAAAUCAGAAUGGCAUCUUUUGUGUAGUAUGUUUGUACAAUUUGUUUAUAUUAUAGUUCUUUAAUCUAAAAGUUACCUGUGAAACAGUAAUUAUAGCGUUUUUAUUGAUUUUCUGGAAUGGUUAAAUUAUUUUGGAAUGUCAAGUUAUGAAACUCAUGUACGUACAGAUGUUGAUUCUGUGUCAUGGAUCCCUUCUACACCGAUAACCCAAUGUUCAACUGGUAAACUCCUGUAAGUAUGCAACUGCAAGUUGAAUACUUGCAAUUGUUUAUGCCUUGAUUCGUUAAUUCUCUCUUCCCAGUUCAGUGAGAAAAUCUUCUGCAGUGAUGAGAACUAUCCCUUUUAGCAGUUGAUCUGCAUAGAAACAAUGUAUUUUUUUUAGAGGCAGUGACGUAUUUUUUUAAUGAGAUAAUGUGAUGAAAAGUACAUUAAUUUCUCCUAGAUUAGUAUGCCAUUAUUUAUUUUUAAUGUUCAAUUCCCAAUUGGCUAGUCAAGCAGGCUCUUGCCUGGCACCUAUGCAAAACCUUUUUGAGAAUAUUUUUGUUUCACCCUAUCAUGGCUUUUUCUGAAGUGUAUUGGCAGAUUUAAUGUGUCUUGUAAAUUUGAGAUGAAGCCAUGCUAAAAUGUUUUACCAAAGAUGUGUGGGUGCAUUUUGCAAGACAAUAAUGAGAAUAAAGGGCUAGGAUACAACAAGGAUAAAAAGAAAAAAGCUAUUAAUCACCUUUAAAAUUCUACUUUCUCUAAUAUUACUAAAUGACAUAAAUCUAUGCAAUAUCGCCAUAUGUAAAAAGAUGUGUAUAAAAUGUGGGUUAGUUCACUGUUGUACAUAAUACUACUGUGCAUGUAGAAAAAAUGAAAUAAUUACAAUAAAAUGUAAUCAAACAACCGAUUAUAAA